AUGGGGCUGGAGGGGGAGGCGCUGGCCCCAAUGGAGACGGACGAGCCCAGCACCAGCGACCCCAAAGCCAAGGCCAAGAUCACACCAGCCAUGGCYGCCCGCAUCAAACAGAUCAAACCUCUGCUAUCCGCCUCGUCACGGCUGGGCCGGGCACUGGCCGAGCUCUUUGGGCUGCUGGUCAAGCUGUGUGUGGGCUCCCCRGUGCGGCAGCGGCGCAGCCACCACGCAGCCGCCGCUGCCCCCGCGCCCACCGCGGCCGCCCGUGCCACGGCUUCGGCACUGACCCGCCUGCUGACCAAGGGGCUGAGCUGGCAGCCGCCCCCCUACACCCCCACGCCACGCUUCCGAGGUGACCUGCAGAUGCACCGAGGUGAUCUGGGGGUGGCCUGGACUGACCCCUCAGUGUCCCCCAUGUGUCCCCAGGCUGCCUUCGCCUGCAUCAAGCAGCUGUGGCAGCGGCGGCCGCUGAAGGUGUACGGGGGCCGCAUGGCCGAGUCCAUGCUGGCCAUCCUGUGCCACAUCCUGCGUGCUGAGCCGCUGCUGCGGGAGCGCCUGGGCCGCGAGCGCGAGGGACCUGCACCCGAUGAGACAGGGGGCGAAGAGGGGGGACCCCGGCGUGAGCCCCACGUCAACCAGCAGCAGCUGCAGCAGCUGAUGGACAUGGGCUUCUCACGGGAACACGCCAUGGAGGCAUUGCUCAACACCAACACCAUGGAGCAGGCCACUGAGUACCUGCUGACCCACCCGCCCCCGCUCAUGGGGGGCUCGUGGAUCAGCCAGAUGGCCACGCUGCCCCAGGCCUCCAACCUGGCCACACGCAUCCUGCUGCUCACCCUGCUCUUUGAGGAGCUGAAGCUGCCCUGUGCCCGUGUGGUGGAGUCCAGCUGCGUGCUGGACGUGCUGAUCAAGCUGCUCGAGGUGGUGCAGCCCUGUCUGCAGGCUGCCAAGGAGCACAAGGAGGUGCAGACCCCCAAGUGGAUUACCCCUGUGCUGCUGCUGAUCGACUUCUAUGAGAAGACGGCCGUGUCCUCCAAGCGCCGCGCGCAGAUGAACAAGUACCUGCAGGCCACAGGCAACAACUGGCGCUGGUUCGAUGACCGCUCUGGCCGCUGGUGCAGCUACAGUGCCAGCAACAACAGCACCAUUGAUGCGGCCUGGCGUGCCGGAGAGCCCAGCGUGCGCUUCACAGCCGGCCGGCGCCGCUACACCGUCCAGUUCACCACCAUGGUGCAGGUGAACGAGGAGACCGGGAACCGGCGCCCGGUGAUGCUGACCCUGCUGAGACCCCCCCGCGCCGGGAAGGGCCGGGACGGCGAGGGGGGGGCCGAGGAGCCCGAGGGGGGGAAGGGCAAGGACGAGACCCCCGCGCCAGACCCACCCUCCUCCACGGACGAAGACCCCCCUUCCACCACCACCACCACGGCCACCGCCACCACCCCUCCAGCUCCCCCCUGCCCGUCCCCUCCUCCCCCAUCUGCGGCCGCCCCCAGCCCCGAUGACCCCCCCGGCGCGGGGCUGGACGGUGGCGAGGCCCCGGUGCGCGGGUUGGCCGAGGAGGCGGUGCCGGCCGUGCUGCGCGCCUGCGUCAGCAUGCUGGGGGUGCCGGUGGACCCCGACACACUGCACGCCACGCUGCGCCUGUGCCUGCGCCUGACGCGGCAGCACAAGCACGCGCUGCUGUUCGCCGAGCUGCGCUCCACGCGCACCAUCCUGGCGCUCACGCAGAGCUCCGGCUUCACGGGGUUCACCCCGCUCGUCACCCUGCUCUUCCGACACAUCAUCGAGGAUCCCUGCACGCUGCGGCACACCAUGGAGAAGGUGGUGCGGUCAGCGGCCACGAGCGGGGCGGGCAGCACCACGUCUGGGGUGGUGUCCGGCAGCCUGGGCUCCCGUGAGGUCAAUUACAUCCUGCGGGUGCUGGGCCCGGCCGCYUGCCGCAGCCCCAACGUGUUCACCGAGGUGGCCACGGGCUGCAUCCGCAUCGCCCUGCCCGCCCCGCGCGGCUCUGGCACUGCCUCGGACGAUGAGUUCGAAAACCUGCGCAUCAAGGGCCCCAACGCGGUGCAGCUGGUCAAGACCACUCCGGCCAAAGCGGCCGCGCUGCCGCCCAUCCCCGAGCCCAUUCGUGAUGUCAUCUAUGACAUGCUCAAUGCCCUGGCGGCCUACCACGCCCCCGACGAGGGUGACAAGGGGGACCCCAAGAGCGCAGCGCCCAGCGAGGUGAGCCAGCUGCUGUCGGACAUUGGGGACGACAUGUACCAGCAGUACCGCAGCCUGACCCGCCCUCCCGGCGACUUCGACCCCCCCGCCGGCUUCGGCAUCAAUGUAUGGGACUGGGGGGGAUGGGAAAGGGAUUUUGGGAGGCUGGGAAGGGAUUUGGGGCGGCUGGGAGGUGAUUUGGGGCAGUUUGGAGACUGCAGCGUGCUGGCCUUCGUCCUGGACCACCUGCUGCCACACCAGCAGAACGCYGAGGACAAGGACACGCCGGCGCUGGCGCGGCUCUUCCUGGCCAGCCUGGCYGCGGCCGGCAGCGGCACCGACGCGCAGGUGGCCCUGGUCAAUGAGGUCAAGGCAGCGCUCGGCCGCGCCCUGGCCAUGGCUGAGAGCACCGAGAAGCACGCCAGGCUGCAGGCCGUCAUGUGCAUCAUCAGCACCAUCAUGGAGUCGUGCCCGUCCACCUCGAGUUUCUACAGCAGCGCAACCAAGGCGCCGCACAACGGCAUGAACAACAUCAUCCGCCUGUUCCUCAAGAAGGGGCUGGUCAACGACCUGGCCAGAGUSCCCCACAGCCUCGACCUGUCCAGCCCCAACAUGGCCAACACGGUGAACGCGGCACUGAAGCCGCUGGAGACGCUGUCGCGCAUCGUCAACCAGCCCAGCGGCCUCUUCGGGGCCAAGGGCUCGUCCGGCAAGAGCAAGGCCGAGGGCGCCGGGGGGGCCCGU